GCGGUUUGCCUUUGAGCCGGAAGAGGAUGACUGGGUUGACCGACGCGGGCCUUGGAGCGGACCAAUCGGAAGCCUAGAGUGAGACGUCGGCGUUUGAAAUCAGCCAAUGGCAGGCAUUCACUGGAUCUUCCUCUCUGCCCCUUUCGUCACGCCCGCGAGUGCUCUGAGGAAAGCUAGUCGGCGGCGAGCGUUUGCGAACUUGAUUCUGAGGGGAACUCAAGAUGACCGGUUCUAACGAGUUCAAGCUGAACCAGCCGCCGGAAGACGGCAUCUCCUCGGUGAAGUUCAGCCCCAACACCUCUCAGUUCCUGCUGGUGUCGUCCUGGGACACGUCGGUGCGCCUCUACGAUGUGCCGGCCAACUCCAUGCGGCUCAAGUACCAGCACAGCGGCGCGGUGCUGGACUGCGCCUUCUACGAUCCCACGCAUGCCUGGAGUGGGGGAUUAGAUCAUCAGUUGAAAAUGCAUGAUUUGAACACUGAUCAAGAAAAUCUUGUUGGGACCCAUGAUGCCCCUAUCCGAUGUGUUGAAUACUGUCCAGAAGUGAAUGUGAUGGUUACUGGGAGUUGGGAUCAGACAGUUAAAUUGUGGGAUCCCAGAACUCCUUGUAAUGCUGGGACCUUCUCUCAGCCUGAAAAGGUAUAUACCCUCUCAGUGUCUGGAGACCGGCUGAUUGUGGGCACCGCGGGCCGCAGGGUGCUGGUGUGGGACCUGCGGAACAUGGGCUAUGUGCAGCAGCGCCGGGAGUCCAGUCUCAAGUACCAGACUCGCUGCAUACGGGCCUUUCCAAACAAGCAGGGUUAUGUAUUAAGCUCUAUUGAAGGCCGAGUGGCGGUUGAGUACUUGGACCCAAGCCCUGAGGUUCAGAAGAAGAAGUAUGCCUUCAAGUGUCACAGACUAAAAGAAAAUAACAUUGAGCAGAUUUACCCAGUCAAUGCGAUUUCGUUUCACAACAUCCACAACACAUUUGCCACAGGUGGUUCUGAUGGAUUUGUAAAUAUUUGGGAUCCAUUUAACAAAAAGCGAUUGUGCCAGUUCCAUCGGUACCCCACCAGUAUCGCAUCACUUGCCUUCAGUAACGAUGGGACUACACUUGCAAUAGCAUCAUCAUAUAUGUAUGAAAUGGAUGACACGGAACAUCCUGAAGAUGGUAUCUUCAUUCGCCAAGUGACAGAUGCAGAAACAAAACCCAAGUCCACCUAAUCGCCUCAUGAAAGUGGUUUCUCUACGGAAAGCUUUGUUUUUUUCCUUCCUACAAAUUCGUGCUUUUCCCCUAAGGGAUGUGUUAGAGUCGUUGUGGACGUUACUUAGUAUGUGGAUUUCUCUGUUUUCUGUCUGACAAAAAAAACUUGCCUGCCACCUUUCGUGCUGACUUUGUGUAGGAUGGAGUCUGGUGUCCUUGUGCAGUAGUCAGAAGAAUUGUUUUUCUCCUGCAAGCACAGUUGCUGUUUCUGAGCAGUUUGAUCCCUUUUUGUAAAAUAAUCCAAACCUGUUAUUUUCAUGCUGUCUAAUAAAUCAGAGAUUCAGGACACUUAAA